GGCUAGCAGUAUAUAAGAGGUGAGAUACCUACCCCAACUCAUAAAUUCGAUAGCUCAAUCUUAUUAAGUGAUCAUUACUUGUUAUUUACCGUUACUGCGUCUCUUGAUAUCGAUAUUUAAAUUCCUUUCAAAUAGACCUAUCUUCAAAUCGCCACGACGUUCAUGACUACAGCCAUAACUACGACCUGAACCGCAACCUGAACUCAAGAACAGCGGUCUCAUAUUCAAAAUUCAAGCUGGGAAAUAUCAUUUCUUUAUUAGUCGAUAAUUUUGGAAAUGGCUAAGAAUCAAGAAGAUCAUUGGUCUGCUUCGGCCUAUCAAAAUUCCGCUUCUUUUGUUCCAAAACUUGCGGGGAAAGUUCUGGGCUGGUUGGAUGUGCAGAGUGAUGAUGUGGUGCUGGAUGUUGGGUGUGGUGAUGGAAUUAUCCCCGUUCAAAUCGCACACACACUUUCCCAAGGAUCAGGAAGGAUUCAUGGAAUUGAUAGUUCGGAAGAUAUGAUUGCUGCUGCCAAAAAGGCUGCUAUAGCAGGGGGUGAAGAAAUCUCGGGAGUUUGUACAUUUCAAGUACUCGACGCAUCGUCUCCCCAAGAUCUCUCCACCCUCCCAUCCCAAACCUACACGAAGAUCUUCUCCAACGCUGCACUCCACUGGAUUCUCCGCCCGGAACCCAUCCGUGAACAGUUCUUCACGGAAGUCAAAAGACUUCUCAAACCUAACGGAAUCUUCGUCUUCGAAAUGGGAGGCAUGGGUAAUGUAGCCGAGAUGCGCACUGCAUUGUUGAGUGUUGUUGGACGUCGCUGUCAAGGGGGGUUAGAGAGGGCGAGACAGGCAGAUCCGUGGUUUUUUCCUGAUGAGGUGUGGAUGAGGAAUGUGCUUGCUUCGUCUUCCUCUCUUUCAGAUGUAGAUCAGGAAGGAGGAUGGAGCAUCGAGAAAUUGGAAAGAGAAUACAGGGCUACGCCAGCAGAUAAGGGGGGCAUAGAAGGCUGGGUGAAGUUAAUGGGCAAGCAGUUUUUCGAUGUUCUUGAGGAGGGGGAAGAGAGGAGAGAAGCGGAGAAAGAGGUUUGUGAGGUGUUGGAAAGUGUAUGUAGGAGUCCUGGAGGCGGCGAUUGGAUUGGGUAUGUGAGAUUGAGGGGAGUGGUUAGGAGGGUAUAGAUCUUGAGGCUUAGGGUUUAGAGCUUAGAACUCGGUGCUUGAAAUAUGGGGUUGAUUGAUCAUUUUGAUACGAGAGUGAAUGAUGGGGAAUGGAAUUGGGGAAUCGAUUAUCGUUUCUGCUGUAUUGCUUUCAUCUUGGUUUUUGCGGAAAAAUAAAUGGAUGUUCACAAGUCCCCCCCAAGAAGGAUCUUCUCUGAAACUAUAGAAUUACUUAACAAAUGUGAAUUUUGAAGCCCAUGAAUUUGUACAGUACUUAUUAGACCGGCAAUCUUUAUCA